UCAGCAUGCGGGGUCCAAUAUUUGCAAUGUCUGACUCCUCCCCGGAUCAGGAUACUUACUAAAGAACACAGAAUAAACAUCGCUGGAUGAAGUGGAUAGCCUGUUUACCCUAAACAACUUAAUUAAAAGGCGACUUUUUAAGAGUGUGUUUGAGGGAGCAGAUGAGAAACUUGUGCUGUGCUCUGAGUUGAUGAAAUAGUGUGUGUCAGUCAAAAGGAGAACAUGAAGAGCUGUCUGAUGCUGAUGUUUCUGUGUUAUAUGGUAAAACUCAUCACCUCUGACAGUGUGAGUGUGAGGUUGGUGAAUGGCAAUCAUCCCUGUGCUGGUCGAGUGGAGGUUUUUAAUGAUGGUCAGUGGGGAACAGUGUGUCAUUAUUGGUGGGAUAUUGCUGAUGCUGCAGUGGUGUGUAGAGAGCUGGACGGUGGGAUGGCUAUAAAGGCAGCAUAUGAGGCUCACUUUGGACAAGGAUCAGGACCAAUUUUAAUGGGUUAUGUACUAUGUAGUGGAUCAGAGACUGCACUGAAAGACUGCAGUUCAGACAGCAAGUAUACACAGUACUGUAAUCAUAAUGAAGAUGCUGGUGUCGUCUGUUCAGAAAAAGGACUUUGACUUGUAGACGGUUUUCACCUGUGCUCUGGUAGAGUUGAGGUGAUUUAUGGGAACACAUGGGGUUCAGUGUGUGACGCUGCCUUUGACCAGCAGGAUGCAGAGGUUGUGUUUAGAGAGCUGGACUGUGGGGCUCCUGUACAGGUGCUGGGAGCAGCUGAUUUUGGCAAAGGGAAAGGCCGUGUUUGGUCAGAGAAGAUUCAGUGCAGAGGAAAUGAAUCUCAGAUACAUGUCUGUCCACGAUCGUCUUUACAGAUGCACAGCUGUUCCCAUAACAGUGAUGUGGGAGUGAUCUGUUCUGGUUGAGUAUAAACAUUUGGCAGCUCUUUAGAUGAUUUGCAUGCAUAAUAUACUGUUGCUGUAUUGCUCAGUUAUCUUAACUCCAUUUUAAUAUUGUUUAAAUAAGAUGUCACUUGUUUGUCCAAGUUACACAGAUCUCAGACUGGUAAAUGGUUCAGACUCUUGUUCUGGAAGAGUGGAGCUUCAGUAUCUUGGUGAAUGGGGCACAGUGUGUGAUGCAUGCUGGGAUAUGAGAGCUGCCAGUGUCCUCUGUAGACAGCUGAAAUGUGGGAUUGCUGUGUCUGUUGUGGGAUCAGACUGGUUUGGAGAGGGAAGUGGUCAAAUCUGGGCUGAUGUGUUUGAUUGUGACGGGAAUGAAACAAAACUCUCAGAAUGUUCCAUCUCUUCAUGGAGUCGAGCUGAAUGUUCUCAUAGACAAGAUGUUGGAGUCUUUUGCUCUGGGGUCCGUUCUUCGUACCUCCCUAACUAAGUUAGCUGGAUUUGAUUGUUGACGAUUUCGCGUGAUCUUGGAUCGUUUGGUUCUUCGAAGCUCAUCCGGGACUUGCUGUCAUAGCAACAGAUCCGUAAGCGUAAACCUGCUCGGGAGCAGGCUUACUUUAUGUAAACAGGAUUAGAUCGCGGCCACUCAGUUAUGUCCGCUUCAUUUAUACGAAAGCAACAGCGAUAUUUGCCGAAUUAAUUUUGUACUAUUAUAUUACAAGUCAAAGAUGACCGCGCAUAUAUGUGAUGCAGGGUAUUUUAUUAAAAAAAAUGCAGUCUGUCGUUUGAAAAGUGCAUAUGUCACUUAAACAUAGUUCGUGUAGUUUGUGUAACACUGUUUUUCCAUAAAUAAAUAUUAUCAAUGUAACUAAAGAUAAUGCAGUAUUUGAUUCUCUUAUUGAUUUCAU